AUGCAAGUUUAAAUCCAAAAGCCAAAGCCAUGUGGGCAGUUUCAUCAGCAACAAAGACAUUACUAUUCCCCAAAUUCAAUUUCCAUUUCAACAACCACAGCCAUUCGCACUUCAACUUCACUCUUCCGCUUCUUCUAAUGUCGAAUCCCAAAACCGCUAGGGUUUCUACUUCUUCUUCUCCUUCCUCUACCCCUCACGCGUCUCUCAAGCGCGUCGGCACCCACAAUGGAAGCUUCCAUUGCGACGAAGCUCUUGGCUGCUUCAUGAUUCGCCUCACUCGCAAGUUCUUCAACGCUGAAAUCGUUCGCACUCGUGACCCUCAGGUGUUGGAGGGUUUGGAUGCUGUUCUUGAUGUUGGAGGUGUGUAUGAUCCUGCACGAGAUCGGUAUGAUCAUCAUCAGAAAGGAUUUGAGGAGGUUUUUGGGCAUGGUUUCUCCACUAAGUUGAGUAGUGCUGGUCUUGUUUAUAAGCACUUUGGAAAGGAGAUUAUAGCCAAUGAACUUAAGGUAGAUGAAGAGCACCAAGAUGUCAAUUACAUAUAUUUGGCUGUUUACAGGAGCUUCAUGGAGGCAAUUGAUGCCGUAGACAACGGAAUCAAUCAAUACGACACAGACCAGCCUCCAAAAUAUGUGAAUAACACUCAUUUAUCCUCAAGAGUAGGAAGGUUUAAUUUGGAUUGGACAGAUGCUGACCAGUCAUCUGAGAAAGAAAACGAGGCCUUUCACCGUGCCAUGGCUCUUGCUGGCAGUGAGUUUCUGGAUAGUGUUCGCUUUCAUGUAAACUCAUGGUUACCAGCAAGGUCAAUUGUAAUGGAGACUGUUGCGGCUAGACAAACUGUUGAUCCUUCUGGAGAAAUUUUAGUUUUGAAAAAUUUCUGUCCUUGGAAGCUUCAUUUAUUCGAGCUUGAGAAGGAGUUGAAAAUUGACCCUCCAAUCAAAUAUGUUCUGUAUGCGGAUGAGAGAAGCAAACAGUGGCGUGUGCAGGCGGUCUCGGUAUCUCCUGAUAGAUUUGAGAGCCGAAAGGCUCUACCAUUGCAGUGGCGAGGUUUAAGAGAUGACGUACUGUCAAAGGAAGCUGACAUUCCUGGAUGUGUUUUUGUUCAUAUGAGUGGAUUUAUUGGCGGAAACCAAACCUUUGAAGGCGCCUUGGCCAUGGCAAAAGCUGCUUUGAAGCUGUAGACAAAGGAUUGUAAAAUCAUCCAUUAAUUUUGCAGAUUCUUUCAGUCUAGUUUUAUGAUUGCAUUAAAGAGACAGGAGGUAAAGCCAAAUAUUGAGUUAUUAACUUUACUUGCGCGGGUCUAUCUUAUCCAAAAUUUAUUUCUGUAAUUUAACUUUGUAUACAUAAUGUAUUUUAGAAUCUGAAUGCUCUUUCUGAUAAAAUGUCAUGAGUUUUGUUUAAAUCAGGAUGCUUCAAUAUAACAUGAAUUUGGCGA